AUGUCGACGUCACGCGACAAUCUGCCCAUGGGAUCUUCGCGUACUCCGGGAACUCCAACUCCAACCGCCGGCGCGCCCCAGCUCUUCGCAUCGGCUGGGCCCAUCACCCUCGACCCCUCCAUGACACCGUCUUCGACCCUCAACCCGCGAAGCUGCGUGACAUGUCGCAAGCGCAAGGUUCGCUGUGACAAACACAUGCCAUGUGGCAACUGUCGCAAGGCUCUGAUACAAUGCGUCUUUCCCGCUCCUGGCAGGGCGCCCCGACGCCCGCGUCCCAAAGACCCGAAUGCCCCGCCGAAGCAGACGAGCGAACGCGAGAUCGAGUUGAUGAAGCGCCUGCGGAAGCUGGAAGGCAUAGUCGAGGACUUGAGUGGCCAGAUCGAGUUCGAGACCACGAGACACCCUGGAAGCAGCGGUGGGGACUCGCCCAAAACAAUUAUAGACGUAGUACAAGACAAGGAACGGAGGAAACAGAACACGAAUAUAUGGAAUGAGAACAUACCCGCCGGGUACCCGCCUGCCGAUCAGGCGAAACCUUCUCGCACAAACACGGGGGACUCAAACUGCGGCCCGGUGAAGAGAACGCCAGGUAACGUGCACAAAGACUUUGGACGGUUGGUGUUGAACGAAAAGGGAAAAACGCGAUACGUGAGCAACGCGUUCUGGUCCAAGGUAAAUGACCAGAUCAACGAGCUUCGAGCUGAGACGCAAAAGCUCACUGAUGACGACUCGGAUUAUUCCGACGACGGCGACACACCCCUUCAUAAUGGGGUACAGCUCGUCUGA